GGGGCGGGGCAUGCGCAGUGUGAGGUUUGCUAGUGCGGCGAGUGUGUGGAGACAUUGGCAAAGCUGGAGUUUGAAAGCAACGGGCACAGUUGGAGAGAGCGAGAAGGCGCGGGGGGAAACAAAAUAAAAAAAUGUCGCUUCAGGUGGUCACAGCAAAGAUGGCCGAGGUGGAACUGAAGGAGGCGGUGGUGGCCUUGGAUAAGGUGAAUGCUGAGGGCAACAGCGUUCAGACAAAAGACGGGGAGCCCACGGCGACAAGCUCAGCGGAAGAAAUCAAACAGCAUCAGCUGCCGCUGCUCAACACCACCCCGAAGGACUCCAAGUCGGCGAUGAAAUGCAUCCAGGCCGCACAGAACGGGGACACUUUCAGCGCGGACGGCACCGUCAUGGAAGCACCGCGGACCGUGAAGAAGCAGAUCCAGUUUGCUGACCAGAAGCAAGAGUUCAACAAGCGUCCAACAAAAAUAGGUCGUCGUUCGCUUUCUCGAUCAAUCUCCCAAUCCUCAACGGACAGCUACAGCUCAGAACUGAUGGGUAUGUCUAAUCAAAAUAAUGCGGCAUCUUACACCGAUAGCUCAGAUGAUGAAACAUCACCACGUGACAAGCAGCAGAAAAAUUCGAAAGCCAGUAGUGACUUCUGCAUCAAAAACAUCAAACAGGCAGACUUUGGGCGCAGGGAGAUUGAAAUUGCAGAACAAGAGAUGCCAGCACUCAUGGCUCUUCGAAAACGAGCCCAGGGAGAAAAGCCAUUAGCUGGAGCUAAGAUAGUCGGCUGCACUCAUGUUACAGCCCAGACUGCGGUGCUGAUGGAGACCCUCGCUGCCCUUGGAGCACAAUGUAGAUGGGCUGCCUGCAACAUUUAUUCCACCCAGAAUGAAGUGGCUGCUGCUUUGGCUGAGAAUAGUUAUCCAGUUUUUGCUUGGAAGGGAGAAUCAGAAGACGAUUUCUGGUGGUGCAUUGAUCGUUGCGUGAAUGUGGAAGGAUGGCAGCCUAAUAUGAUCUUAGAUGAUGGUGGAGACCUCACUCACUGGAUUUACAAGAAGUAUCCUAAUAUGUUUAAGAAGAUAAAGGGCAUAGUGGAAGAAAGUGUGACUGGUGUUCACAGUUUCAUGUUUUGGAUAUUAAUGCAUCUUCAAACAGUACAGUCUGUCUUCCAGAGCUUGCUUCUAGCCUUCUAUACAGGAUGGUUCACCCAGCCGCAUUCCAACAGUUGUCAAGUUACAAGGGGCAGACUUUACCAGUUGUCUAAAGCUGGUAAGCUCUGUGUCCCGGCCAUGAAUGUAAAUGACUCCGUAACCAAGCAGAAGUUUGAUAAUCUCUAUUGCUGCAGAGAGUCCAUACUCGAUGGCCUCAAGAGGACAACAGAUGUGAUGUUUGGAGGAAAACAAGUCGUUGUCUGUGGUUAUGGGGAGGUUGGAAAGGGUUGCUGUGCUGCUUUAAAGGCGAUGGGAUCCAUAGUGUAUGUCACAGAGAUUGAUCCAAUUUGUGCCCUGCAAGCCUGUAUGGAUGGAUUCAGACUUGUCAAAUUAAAUGAAGUCAUUAGACAGGUGGAUGUUGUCAUUACUUGUACAGGUAACAAAAAUGUAGUGACCAGAGAACACUUGGAUCGCAUGAAGAAUGGCUGUAUUGUCUGCAACAUGGGACAUUCCAAUACGGAGAUUGAUGUGGCGAGCCUUCGAACUCCAGAGCUCACAUGGGAGCGUGUUCGUUCACAAGUAGAUCACGUCAUUUGGCCAGAUGGGAAGAGGAUUGUGUUGCUUGCUGAGGGACGACUGCUUAACUUGAGCUGUUCUACAGUCCCUACCUUUGUGCUGUCAAUUACUGCUACCACACAGGCACUGGCAAUGAUAGAGCUGUACAAUGCUCCGGAGGGAAGAUACAAACAAGAUGUCUAUUUGCUGCCUAAAAAAAUGGAUGAAUACGUAGCAAGCCUUCACCUGCCCACAUUUGAUGCACAUCUCACAGAACUGUCAGAUGAGCAGGCAAAAUACUUGGGUUUGAACAAGAACGGGCCUUUCAAGCCAAACUAUUAUCGGUAUUAAAUGUAAAACAAUAAGAACAACAAACAAGAGGAGGAACCUUUCGUCACUACUGUACAGGAUCAAAACCUCUGAUUUAGCUGGCCUUGAUUAAGUAGUUUUAGGUAUAUAGUCAUUUAUUUAUUUAAAUAGAAUGUGUAUAAUCCCACCAGACGGUUUUACUGCACUAGAAGAUGAAAAAAGUGUCUCCGUUUAAUGUGAUUUUUUUUUCUUCUAUUGCCGUAGUGUUUUAAAAUAAUGAAUUAGUAACAUCCUAGCUAUUAACUGUGGGAAAGAAACAAUGGAAGCGAAAAAUCAAACCGUCAGCUGUUUUAAAAGUUUUAAGGUGCACAUAUUCCAGUCUUUUUUUUGUUUUUAAUUUUCUUUUUGUUGAGUAAAAGGGUAUGGUAAAGAAAUGGUUAAAUACUUCAUAUUUAGAAUAUCAUUAUGGAAUUCCUCAAAGGAUUUUUUUAAACAAAGCCCAGCAGUAUGAGCUGGAGAACUUGCAAACUAUAGCUUGUCGUUUAUGUUCCGUUUUGAAUCUUUUUAAAAAAAUAGGAUCUAGCAGACUAGGUUCUGUCUGACUGGUCGGAUAGCGUAGCACUUAAAAUUCCUUCUUUACAGCGCUGCUGUUCUUGGCUCAAGUCCCUGGCAGUGUUUGACACUUGGUCUCACCUGUUGUGAAUAUGAGCUUAUUCUGCCCUCAGCCGGGGCAUUAGCUUUGAGUUGGAGGAGCACAUGAAACCUAGAAUGGCAUGUGGGACUGACUGGGUCACUUAAUGUUGCACAGGUUAUCUGCAGACCUUUCACCCAUCUUUAUCUUUUCAUUUUUUAAAAAAAACAAGUGAGCUGUAUGAUUAUUCUGUGACUGAAUUCAACAUCUAAGUAGAAUAAAGUUACAUUUUGGCUCAGCAGUUCUUAAAUGGAAGAGAGAAAUUAUCAGCAAUUUUAAAAAGAGAAGUUUCAUUUGUUUGCAUACCAGUGGAUUUAUAUUGCGGAACACCAUGAAAGAGAGUCUUUGGUGUUUGCCAGUGUGUUUUUGAUUUAAUUUAUUAUUCUAUCUCUCCCACCAUCCUCAAAAGCUUCAAAUGGUACUAGCUGUUACAAACUGUUAGCUGAUGGCUAGGGCUUGUGAUUUGCCCUCUCUCUCAGACCAGCAUUUUCACUGAUUUUGGACUUUUGUUCAAGUUGUACUGCAGCAAAUCUCCUGUCCAGGCAGUAAAUGGAGAAAUGUUGCACAAUUUAUCACCGGUUAGAACCUUAGAUUUUUACAACACAAAUUCAGCCCACUGACCCUCAACUAGCUCUCUGAGCUGUGCACGUUGCACCAUUCCUCUCCCCGUUUUACAUUUUCCUAUUUUAUACUCUAUGACAAAUCACUCGCCCUUUUGAUGGCUACCAGUCUAAUUAUUUGUCGAAAUAUAUUAUGUAUGUUAAGCAAGUGCUGUUUUAUUUAAAACAUUUGAUCACAUCUGUUUUUGGAUUCCAACAAAUAUCUUGACCCUAUGCAUUUCUGCAAGCUGCUAUAUUUGUGGGGGUUUUUUUUCCCAAAACUGAAGCUUAUAUCUGAAUCUCAGCCAGUUUUAGUGAUUUAUGAUUUUUAAUUGUUUUGAUCGUGGAGAAGGGGUGCUAGUGAAUGUAUUAUCAUAUGUUACAAAUAAAAGUUUGAGGGAAAAAGGACACCAGCAACCUGCUCAGUAGAGCAGAAAAAUCAACUUUUAAAAGAAACAAAUCACUUGUUUAUCUGCACAAACUGAGUUUCAAAAUUGAGGUAACUAUUUUAAGUACUGUAUUAAUGGUCAAGUAUUGUAGUAGAUGAGCAAUAAUGAAUCUGUAAUCAUAAACCCAAAUAAAGUGUUGAUAAAUUCAAA